AUGCGGGCGGUCCCCAAUGGGAUGCGCUCAGAUGAGGUGAACCUGCUGGACAAAAUCACUCUUCAUGCCCAGGACCUCAGCAAUGUUUCCUUUGGCUAUGACCACAGCAAGUGCAGGAUCCUGGAGAUCGGGCAAUACGCGACCCUCAACAUCCCCACCAGGGCGGCUUUUGGGGACAGGUUUGCAGAUGAGCUGAGCGUGCUGCUGAAGCUCAGGUACUCCCUGAAGGAGGACACCAGCCUGGUGACCAUCCUCAGCCACCGCAGCCACGUGGUCUUCCAGAUCAGGAUUAACCCCUACGCCCUGGUCUUCGUCACCACGAGGAGGAGACACUACGAGUUCCCAGUGUCCUUCCUGGGCGAUGGGCACUGGCACCGAGUGGCUCUCAGCAUCUCCCUGGAGAGGCUGGAAUUGCACGUGGACUGCAGGCUGGUGGACAGAGUGAGCUGGUCCAACUAUUUUGGGAUGGGGGUGAACACUGAAGGUCUGAUCAUCAUCGGAGGCCUCAUUGAGUCCUUCGAGAUCCCCUUUAAGGACUCCAGACUCACCAGUUCGGAUUUGGCGCCGGGGCCACCUUGGCCAUGGGAGGAUGCCCAGGGGACCCUCAACCUCCAGCCUGAUGGGAGUGCCCUGCCUUCCCUCUCUGCUCAGGACAUGCCAUCAGCUGAGGGGGAGGAGGAGGGCAGCCUUUCCAUUGAGGAUGAAGGCUUUGAGCUGCUGAACUCCACCUACAAUAAAAUCACCGGCCCCGGCAGGCCGGUGCUCAGGAGAAGCUCAGGAGCCUCCAUCAAGCCUCCCCGAGCAGCCAAGAAGGAGCAUGGCUCGGAGCCCCAGGAGGAGAACGUCACCACGGAGAAGCUGUCAGGGGACACGGGCACACGGCGGCGGCUCCCGGCCGGCAAACCUCGCCUGGAGCCCUUCACCAAGGGAUACCCUGGGGCCAUGGGGCGGACGGGCCCCCCAGGUGACCCUGGCCCUGCCGGCAUCCCUGGUGUCCCCACCAUCGUCCUCUGGAGGAACUCCAGGGAGGACUGGCAGUCGUUCACGCAAUCAUCAUUUUACCAACUCCUGCACGCGGGCUGGCCGGGACCCUGCGGAGCGCCGGGAGAGCCGGGGGAGAAAGGCCAGCGGGGGUACACGGGGGAACCCGGGCUCCAGGGCUUGCCAGGGCGUGUGGGAUACCCCGGCUCCGAUGGUUUCCCUGGCUUGGAUGGCAAACCUGGGCCAUGGGGGCUGCCAGGGGAGCAGGGCCUCCAGGGCUUCCAGGGUGACCGAGGGCUGGCUGGGGACAAGGGAGAGGAGGGUUUCUUGGGAGACCCUGGACCAGCUGGGGACAAAGGAGAGAAGGGAGUGAAGGGGGUGAAGGGAGAGAAUGGGCUGCCAGGUGCUGCUGGCCUCCAGGGGAUGGUGGGGCUGAAGGGCGUCAUGGGCUUCCAGGGCCCUGCAGGACCAGAGGGAGAGCCCGGCCAGCCGGGAUCCGUGGGAUGCCGAGGCAUCAAUGGCUCUCAGGGGGAGUUGGGUCCUCCUGGGAUGCCCGGCCCCCGUGGCCCCAAGGGACCCCAGGGCCUGCAGGGCAGACGUGGCCCCCCCGGCCCCAGGGGCUCUCAGGGUCCAGCAGGGCUGGAGGGAUCCGCUGGUCCCAAAGGAGACACAGGUACAGAUGGUGCCCCCGGGCUGAGGGGACAGCUGGGACUGGAGGGCCCUGGGGGUUUUUUGGGCCUGCCAGGUGCAAAAGGCACCCAAGGAGAGCGGGGCUGCCGAGGUCCGGCUGGAGCCAAGGGAGAUUUGGGAUCCAAAGGAGGCAAGGGCCCACGAGGAGCACAAGGAGCAAAAGGCGCUCCAGGAAGCCGGGGCCAGGGGGGCUUGCAGGGCUUCCCCGGCCCCCGAGGGGCGGCAGGGCCACGGGGACCAGAUGGGGAAGAAGGCCAGAUUGGCCCAGCAGGGCUGAACAGCAGCGAGGGACCCAAGGGAUGCCAAGGACCUGAUGGCCCCAAGGGAGCCCCAGGACCACGGGGAGCCCGGGGCCGUGUGGGGCAGCGUGGGCUGGUUGGAGUCCCUGGACUGCCCGGCUUGCGGGGCGUGCCGGGAGCGGAGGGUGCUGAAGGAAAGCCUGGUACACAGGGCCACCCAGGGAUUGUGGGCAGCCCAGGCAGGAGGGGACCACUGGGAUUUGCUGGUUUGCCAGGGGGCCGUGGGCACGCUGGAACUCCUGGAUCCAUAGGCUCGCCAGGAAAGCCUGGACCUGAUGGAGACCUGGGUUCCUUGGGCCCAAAGGGGCUGCCUGGGAAGCCGGGCUUGGAGGGGCCACAAGGACCUGUGGGCAUCCAUGGCUAUCCAGGACCUGCUGGAGACCGCGGGAGGUUGGGACGCAGGGGAGACAAGGGAGAAAGGGGAGCUCAAGGUCCACCAGGAUUUCCAGGAAAAGCUGGUCCAAAGGCCCUGCCAGGUCCCCCUGGUCCCCGUGGUGCUCCCGGCUCCCAGGGCAGAACGGGUGAGCCAGGUCCUCGAGGGCUCCCAGGGCUGCCUGGCGUUCCUGGCACAAGAGGGCUGGAUGGCAUUCCCGGGAAGCCUGGCUUGGGUGGAGAGAGAGGCGCUCCUGGAGCAGCUGGUGCUGCUGGCCCAGCUGGGUACCCGGGCCGGGAAGGUCCACAUGGACGUGAAGGACCUGCAGGGAUGAGAGGAGAGAAGGGUGAGGUGGGAGAUGCCGGGGCAGCCGGAGUCUGUGGGCUGGAUGGGGAGCAGGGACCACCAGGACCGCCGGGAGCAGAGGGUCAGCUGGGGCCGAAGGGUGAGCAGGGAGAACCAGGGACCCGUGGAGCUCCAGGCAUCAGAGGGAGCCCUGGGGAGCCAGGGGACGAGGGGACAGAGGGGCCACCGGGACGGCCUGGGAUGCAAGGGAAGGAGGGUGACACUGGUGACACUGGAGACCCAGGCGAGCCAGGACUGCAGGGACGGAAGCAGGGCAAUCCUGGCCCCAGGGGCCUUCCUGGAAUUCCCGGUCCAGGAGCUGCCACGGGGGAAAUUGGAGGGAAAGGCCAGAAGGGAGAGAAGGGCCGAGAAGGUUUGCUGGGCCAGGGCGGUGUCACCGGAGCUGCAGGACCUGCUGGAGCCAGAGGAUGGUCUGGGGGGACAGGACUCCGAGGUCCUCCUGGGCUCGACGGUCCCGAGGGAGAGAAGGGAGAUCCAGGGCCACGAGGUGUGGAUGGACCUGCUGGGGCUGCAGGAUUCGAGGGACUGGCUGGAGAUGAUGGAACGAAGGGAGAUGGUGGCAAGCCCGGCCCAGUGGGCUCGCAGGGGGCUCAGGGACUGGCAGGUGCCCCUGGGCUCCGGGGCUACAGCGGCCACGAGGGAGCCAGAGGAGUGGUGGGCACCAAGGGACAGCCAGGCCGGCAGGGGACUCUUGGGCCACCGGGAGAAGCUGGAGCCACCGGGCUGAGCGGCACCGAGGGCCUGGUGGGUGCAAAAGGGGAGCCAGGAGAGCCGGGAAAAGCGGGACAAAUGGGCUCUCCUGGACAAGCUGGUCCUAAAGGAUGUAAAGGCCACAAAGGAGAUAAGGGCGACACGGGGCAGGAAGGGGACCAAGGGGUCCCAGGAGAAGCUGGCAGACGGGGCAAGCGAGGCAAGAUGGGCCAGCAGCCCCCGCGGGGUCCCCGGGGACACAAGGGCUACCCAGGUGACAAAGGACUUCCAGGACCCCAAGGCCCCCAGGGACCCUAUGGCAUCCCAGGGCUGAAGGGCAUCAAAGGAGACCCUGGACCGAAAGGACACAAGGGUGAGAAGGGCAGCAAGGGUGACCUGGGCCAGCGAGGGGAUGAUGGCUUCAAGGGCAAGCCAGGACCCCACGGUGUCCCUGGGAGGCUGGGACCCAAGGGAAAGCAGGGUGACACUGGCCCCCCUGGCCCACGGGGACACCCUGGAAUUCCCGGGACACCGGGCUUGUCUGGACCCAAAGGGCUGAGAGGCUUCCCAGGCCUGCCAGGCCCCAGGGGCACGCCGGGAAUGCCGGGUCUGGCUGGCCCCCCUGGUCCCAGUGGGCCUCCACUGAUGCUGUCGCAGGAGGAGCUGCAGCACCUCAUUUAUUCCUCCAACCACCUGAAUUACACCGUGGUCUGGGCUCUGCUGGACUCCCUGAGCCGGGAGCUCCAAGCCCUCAUGGAGCAUCCCAAUGGCACCAAAUCCAACCCGGCCACCACCUGCAAGGAGCUGCUGCUGGCUCACCCCGAGCUGCCUGACGGGCAAUACUACAUCGACCCCAACCAGGGCAGCCCCCAGGACGCGCUGCUGGCCUUCUGCAACUUCACAGCUGGGGGGGAGACCUGCAUAGCCCCCAUCCACAACCAGGUCCCCAUCAAGGCUUGGCUGAGCACCUACAGCUCUGAGAACACCUUUGAAUGGUUCAGCACCCUUCCCGGGGGCUUCCUGCUGGAAUACGGGGCCAGCGCAGUGCAGCUCCGCUUCCUGCGCCUGCACAGCCUCCGCGCCACCCAGAAGGUCUCGUACUCCUGCAGACCGGCCCCGGAGCUCGGCCAGCCCCAGCCCGACAAGGAAAUCCGCUUCCUGGCAGACUCCCGGGAUCACAGCUAUGCAGCCAGCCUGCAGGGCUGCCUGCCGGACAACGACUCCUCCAUCACCGACACCAUCUUCCAGUUCAGCACGGAGGAGCUGUGGCUGCUGCCCCUGCGGGACCUGGCUGUCUUCCACAACGGCGACGCCUCGCACCAGUUUGGUUUCACAGUCGGACCAGUUUGCUUCAGCUGAAAGUGGUGCCACCCAAACCGAGCCAGCCGGUUCUGUCCCCACCCAGGAGCCAUCCCAAUGGGGACAAGCGGAGGCUGGGGGUGGCACGGGGCUCCCACCUGCUCCACAGAG